GAACACGUUUCUUUUUACGCUAAUGCGGCUACAUUACAAAGGUUGCUUAUCGGGUUUCUCAAAUAGGCUUAACUCCUUGAGCAUCGGAAUAUCGGCUACUACUUCACUGCAGAAAUUUGUGAAGUAAGUACAUUCAAAGCACGAUUUACAUAAGUGAGGGAAGAUGCCACCUAAAGACAAAGAAACUCUAAAACUCAAGAAAGAAUUAGAAGAUUUAAUUAAGAAAUGUCAGGAUGAUCAGAAUAAAGUAGCAGAUGCAAAAAUGGAAGAUGUCUGCUCCAGCGUUGCAACAGCACCAAAAGUACGCUUGACAACAAAAAGAAUGCUAAAGGGGCAUAUCAACAAAGUGAACUGCGUUCACUACAGCGGUGACAGCAGGCAUAUUGUCACUGGAUCAUUGGAUGGAAAAUUAAUAAUAUGGGACACUUGGACAGGGAACAAAGUGCAAGUUAUACCACUGCGGUCAUCCUGGGUGAUGACUGUAGCUUUUGCAAAGUCAGGAAGCUUUGUUGCCUGCGGAGGUAUGGAUAACAUGUGUACUGUCUAUGAUCUGAACAACAGGGAUGCGUCUGGGAUUGCUAAAAUUACAAAGGAACUGAUGGGCUAUGAAGGAUUCCUUUCAUCUUGUAGAUUUGUAGAUGACAACACCUUGAUUACAGGCUCUGGAGAUAUGAAAAUCUGUGUUUGGGAUUUGCCAACCGGUAAAAGGACAACUGAGAUUGAAGGUCAUGCUGGCGAUGUUGUGAGCAUAUCGCUAUCUCCUGAUAUGAACCAGUUUGUAACGGGAAGUGUCGAUAAAACAUGUAAGCUCUGGAAUUUUAAAGAUUGUGAAUGCAAGCAGGUCUUCUUCGGUCAUGAAGCCGAUGUCAAUGCAGUUUGUUUUCACCCAAAUGGGUACAAUUUCGUCACGGCGUCUGAAGACAAGACGGCUCGCCUCUUUGAUAUAAGGUCUGAUCAGCAAAUCGCAGUGUACAAGCCCCUUGGGGUCAGUCCUAGUUUCACAUCCUGUGGCUUGUCUCUCUCAGGAAGAUUCAUCCUCUGCGGUUCUGAUGAUAACAAUGUUCACAUAUGGGAUACUCUUAAAAUGGAACAUAAUGGAAUUCUCAGUGGUCAUGAGAACCGUGUCACAUCAUUGUGCGUGGCACCAAAUGGGAUAGGCGUUUCAACAUGUUCUUGGGAUAAUAAUGUCAGAGUCUGGGGAUAAUUGUUUCAGUACAAAAUGAUUGAUAAACAAAUUAUUUAAAAUUGCAUUUUUCUUAUUGCUAUUACUGUUUUUGCUUGUAUUUGCAUAAAUUAUCAAGUUGGUAUCACCAUAAAAAAUAAUCCCUUUUAUAUAACAAUAAUGGUAAAUAAAAACGAUUUUGAAUUGAAAUUCCCCCAAACCUAAUUUAUUUUCAGUGUUUGAAUCAUGAACAAUCCGAUAGUUCUUUUAAGUAGAACAUCCAUUCUACAAAGGAUUUAUUGAAACAACCAUGAGAAACAUGUUAGAAUGAAAUACCACAUAACAAAGAAAAUAUAUAUUUAUAAAAAUAAAUAUAAAAACAUAUCACAGAAACAAAUACUCUAUGAUGAAAACUAAAUUAUAAAAUAAUCUAUAUUGUUUUACUAAUAAAUCUGUAACACUAUAAGGACAAGUAAAAACUUUUUAAAUUACCUUUUUUACAUACUUCUAAUAUUAAAAUUAAAUACAACCUUAAAAUCAUUACUUUGAUAAUGGAUACACUUGGUUUAAAAUGUUAGAAAGCUGUGUUGUGAGAUUCCAAAGGAAAACAAUGUCAUACUACAUCUAGAACAGCACAAAAAUCAUACUAAAAUUUGUUUUUGACGAUUCAUUUUUAAUUUUAUGUGCAUCAAUAUAAACAUUACAAGAUUCUAAAAGUUUCCAAAAAUGAGAUGAUUAAUCAUUUAGAUCAUUUGAAUUGGAAUGUAGGAACACAAUAGCAAUAAGGAUUUACUUCAGUUUAACAGAAAUUCUUUUUAAACGUGUCGCAUUUACCACAUUCAUUACUGAUUUGUACAGAGACUCCUGAAAUACAGAAAUCUUUUUUUUACAGAUCUAAAAUCUAUUUAGGUUGAUAAAUGACUUAAUUCAAAUUUUCUUUAACAAAUUGCCUUUUUUUGGGCACGACUUUCUUGUACGAUGUCCUUAUAUGGGGAAGGUCAAGUCAGGCAAACCAGCAAAAUCUACUGUUUCCACUCAUUAUUUAAGUACAAUCAUUAAUCAAUUUUUAAAAAUAUUAUGAUGAGGUAGUAUAUAAAUUAAUAAAAAAUUUAAAUUUACAUUGCAUUUACUUUAAAUCUAUUAUUUAUACAUCAA